AUGAAAGAAUUCCGUCCUGAGAGGCGAAGAAGCAAACCCCCGUGCUCUCGCUCUUCUCUUUUCAGUACUCUUUGUGUCUUUCCUUGUGUGUCUCUCCUUCUUUUUAAGUGGUCGCUGUCGAUACUCAAAUCUUUUUGUGUUGUUGGUGCCUCCGUUACCUCAGCCUGCGUGCGCGCCAUGAACGCAGUCCCGCAACAGUAUUACGACACCUGCGCUCAAGUGCGCCAAUACCUUCAGCAGACACCCCCACAGCAACAACCGGCUCUGCAAUCCCAAGCACACAGCUUUUCUUCUAUGCUGUCGCCGUAUCGUGUACUCACCACACCAGACUCGCCCGCCAACGUUGAAUUCGUGCGCACCAACUUCCCCGCGCCAUCCGACACAAAAUCAUCAUCAACGGUGACGGAUGUCCGUGAAGCCUCUGCGCACGGCGACCCGACAGCCGUGGGGUGGGAAGAGCUUAACUUGGAAGAGCGUUACGCACAGCUGCUGAGACGGAUUGAAGACGGUACCCCAGGCUUGUAG